AUGACGUUGGACAGCAAGAGAGAGGGCCUGAUGGUGAAUCCUUUCGAGAACGAUGCCAAUGGCGAGACUGAAUAUAGGACAUUGACAUGGCUCAAUGCUGGAUUCCUUCUCGUUGCUGAGACCAUCUCAUUGGGUAUCCUCUCACUCCCAGCCGUCGUGGCCAGCAUGGGCUUCGUGCCUGGUGUCAUCCUCAUCGUCUUCUUUGGUGUCCUUACCACAUACACUGGUUACGUUACUUACCAAGUCAAGAUCGCCUUUCCCGGAAUUCACAACUUUGCCGAUGCUGGUCUCUUUUUCUUCGGAAGAUGGGCAAAGGAAGUGUCGGAAGCAGCUCAGAUUAUCCUCUUGGUCUUCAUCAUGUCAGCGCACAUCUUGACCUUCUCCAUCAUGAUGAACGUUCUCACCAACCACGGAACUUGCACCAUUGUCUUUACCGUUGUCGGCAUGGUCGUUUCAAUGAUCCUGUGCAUUCCUAGAACUAUGAAGAACGUCGCCCUCAUGUCAAUCGCUUCUUGCUUGUCCAUCGCGACCGCCAUCUUCAUCGCCAUGAUUGGAAUUGGUGUUGAUCCUCCCGCUGGCGCACACGCUUAUGCCGUCACACCUUCGAGCCAGACAUCAUUCCGCACUGGUGUCGUGGCCGUUGCCAACAUCCUGGUCUCUUUCUGCUCGAACAUCGCCUACUUUGGUUUCAUUUCCGAGAUGAAGACCCCCAGAGACUUCCCCAAGGCUUUGGCUAUGUUGCAGACUUGCACUUGCUCUCUCUACAUCAUUGUCGCUGUUGUCAUCUACCGCUUUGCUGGUACCGAUGUCAAGUCUCCCGCUAUUGGCUCCGCCAGCCCCAUCGUUCGCAAGGUCGCAUAUGGCAUCGCCAUCCCUACUAUCGUUGUUGCUGGUGUCAUUUACGCUCACGUCGCCACCAAGAAUGUCUACGUCCGUAUCUGGCGCAAGACCAAUGUCAUGAACGAGAAGAGCUUCCGCUCGCUUGGCAGCUGGUACGGUCUCACCGUCAUACUCUGGGUUGUCGCAUGGGUCAUUGCAAACGCCAUUCCCGUCUUCAGCCAGCUUCUCGGUCUUCUUGGUUCUCUUUUCUGCACCUGGUUCUCCAUGAUCUUGCCUGCAGCUUGGUGGAUUAUGAUGAAUAAGAGACAGCUCACUGCAAACUGGAAGAAGAUUUCUCUUACCAUAGUCAAUGUCGUCAUCGCUCUCAUCGGUCUCGCCCUCUGCGGCUUGGGCGUCUGGGGCAGUGCUGUCGACAUCUCAGAGAACUCUGGUAGCGCCAGUGCCUUCUCGUGUGGCGACAACUCGUAG